AUGAGCUAUGCCAAAGCGAUAUAUCCUUAUCAAACAGGUGUUGUUGGCGAUCUUGAAUUACAAGUAGAUGAUGUUAUUGAGGUAUUAGAACAAGUUGAUAAUAAUUGGCUUCGAGGUCGAUUAAAAGAUAAAAUUGGUCUUGUACCAUGUGAAUUUAUUAAACAUAUUCCAUCAGUAAAACUUGAUGAAAAUCAGUCGUUAUAUAUAGCACAUACAGACUAUCAAUCAUCUCAUAAUGAAGAUCUACAAUUUCAUCGAGGUGAUCUUUUGAUUGUUCAUGAACAUUUACCAAAUGGAUGGUUUCGUGGUUCACUACAUUUUAAUUUACCUGGUACAACUUUUCGACCAACUGGUAUAUUUCCAAGUACAUUUGUUACAUUAGUAAGAGAAAAAUCUACUUCAAACGAAAAACAAGUAUUUUCUAGUCAAAAUGAUCUUUUAGUAUUUGAUGUUAAUCCAGUAAAAUUUGUGCGAGUCAUUUGUGAUAUAAAGCCGAGUGGAAUAAAUGAAUUAGGUUGUUUCGAAGAUGAAAUUCUUGCUAUUAUCGAAGGUGAUAUUAAUCAUAGUGAAUGGUUAAUUGUUAAAAAUGCAUUUAAUUCAAUUGGACGUGUUAAACGAAUAUUUAUUGAACCAGUAGACGAGCGACAAAUUGAUGAUGAACGAAAUGAUCUUCUUAUUGUACCUAAGAUUAAGUCAAAUCAACAUGUAAAAUUAAAUAGUAAUAAUAAUCUUGAUUCAUUACAAGAACUUGUUGCACAAGAAUUUAAUAAAUUAAAACCAAAAGAUCAUAAUAAACAACAAGGUAAAUAA